AAAAAAAAAAAAAAAAAAAAAUGUCAAGGAUCUAUACCUUGGGAAUACGAGUUUUCUCAAGGCUCAGCAACAGAGCACCAACACCACUGUCAUCUUUGAAUGAGGGAGCGUCAUUUACUAGAAUGAAUCAUGUUGCUAAUUCCAACUCAUUCCCCUUUUUCCUUCGCGGCAAUAAACCAAGUAUCAACCAGUUUUCAAAGAUCCACACGAUAGCAAUGCCAUGCUAUCACCAUCAUUCAAGGCAGUUUUCUACUCAGCCAUCCAUUCUAUCUUCCCAAAUACCUCCGUCUUCUCCAUCCCCAUCACUAUCAACAGAUAUUUUGAAUUAUCAGAAACUUUGCACCCCUGAUCAUCUUGCUGCAACACACUUUGAUCUCUCUCGAAUCAAAGAUCCUAAAGAACGAAGUCAGAUCUUGCAGGACUUCAUCCUUGUACCUGAUUAUCUUUCUUCAACAGAACAUGAUAUGCUUGUCGAUGCCGCCGUCAGGAAAUUGAAGCGCGCUCUUGGCAAACAGAUUCGAUAUGAGGAUGGACAUUUCGAUGGCGUCAUUACUCGAUACCGUGAAUGCUCGGCCUCAGAAUGGGGUAGUAGUGGAGGCGCAGGCCCAGGUGAAGAUGCACUCUCAUCAACAUCAACUUCAGCGAUGGCUCGUCCCGAGAGAACGACCCCUCUUGAAAUUAUGCAAUCUAUCAAACGCGAGUUCUUUCCUCUACACUGGCAUUGGGUCUCGCCACACAUCUUGGAGCUCGAGUCUGAAAAGGGUGGGAUCAAACCCCAUGUGGAUCACUUAGAUGCUUCUGGAGAAGUCGUUGCUGGACUCUGUUUGGGUUCAGAUGCUGUGAUGGAGUUGAUCCAUGAAUCCGACCCACAUCACAAAACUUUCAGAGUCCUUUUACCUAAACGGUGUUUUUAUUUCCAGCGGGGCCAGGUUCGAUAUCACUACAAACAUGGCAUCCCAAUCGACCCACAGGACCAUGCAUUCAAGGGUAAGAUCAUUCCCAAGGAGAGACGGAUUUCUAUCAUGCUUAGGAACGCUUUGGAGUCAUCACCAUCACACUCAGAUAAAUAUAAAAUGUAAUAAAUAAUUGGUAUCGUUGACGCGAUGUGGGCUUUCUCUAAUAAAAGGUCAAUAGACAG